GUCUCUGUGGAGGAGACCACGGUAGAGGAGGAGAGGAGGAGAGGAGGAGAGGAGACCAAGGUGGAGCAUCAGCUUCUGUCGCUGCCACGCUCCGAUCCGCACGCCGAAGAGUUCCCUGAUGCUCUGUGAGAGAGCUUCUGAGGGGAUGAUAGGAUGAAGGUGGGAAUGCAGAGUCGCAAUGAAUAUGAAGAUAAGAGUGUGCCAGGGGGUUAGUGGCAUCAUUUUCGUCACCAUGGUUACCAGCUUUAUGUUGGUGUACAACAACACCAGCUUCGGCAACAGAUCCACGUCCUCGUCAUUGCUAUCGUCACACCGUCCAAAUGGUGCCGCUCCGUCCGCGAGGACGCCGGAGGGGACGCGGCGACUCCCCACGCCGACGCUGGAGGGGUACACGGGUGUCGUGGAUCACAAGCCUCUGAAGAUGCACUGCGGCAACUGCGCCCUGGUGACCAGCUCCGGCCAGCUGACCGGGAGCAGGAGAGGCGAGGAAAUCGACCGCUCGCAGUGCGUCAUCCGCAUGAACGACGCCCCCAGUGUGAACCACCAACGGGACGUCGGGCGACGCACCAGCCUGCGCGUGGUGGCGCACUCCAGCCUGCAGAGGGUGCUGCGGAGCCGGCAGGAGCUGCUCAACGCCAGCCAAGACACCGCGUUCAUCUUCUGGGGACCCAACAGCUGCAUGAGGCGGGACGGGAAAGGCCACGUGUACAACCACCUCAGGCUGCUGAAACAGCUGCUGCCAAAACUCAAAGUCUACAUCAUUUCCCGGGUCAAAAUGCUGAAGUUCGAUGAACUCUUUAAAAAGGAAACGGGGAUCGACAGGAAGAGUUCCAAUUCUUGGCUGAGCACCGGCUGGUUCACCAUGGCCAUAGCCGUGGAGCUGUGUGGCAGGAUCGACGUGUACGGCAUGGUGCCCCCCGAUUACUGCAGAUCCCCCUCUCAUCCCUCCCGGCCGUACCAUUACUACGAGCCCUCGGGGCCCGACGAGUGCUCCAUGUACCUCUCGCACGAGCGGAGCCGACAGGGAAGCCACCACCGCUUCCUCACGGAGAAGGCCGUGUUCGCCGACUGGGCUCGAACCCUCGACAUCCACUUCCACCGGCCGGACUGGGAGCCGGCCGCCGCCGCCGCCUCCGCCAACGGGUCCCGCGCCGCGGCCUCCGGCUGGAUCCCGAGAUCCGAGUUCCCACUCGUCCAGGAAGUGGGGGAGGGAGGACACGCGUGUGGACGGUCUCGCGCUGUGGAUGGAUGCCGCGGGAUCACAAAGCUGUAACAGGGUGCAUCUCACACUCGGAAUCAGAGCUGACGCAGAGGAUGGGAGACAAGGAGGCAGGACGACCCUGCGAUGAUGAACUUGAUCGAUUGCUCACACAUUGACAGCGUCACACUUUUCGAGUUUCUUUGACACCUCACAACAAUACGGAGUAAUUUGGCUGUAAAAGACAAGCUAUGUAUAUGCUGUAUAUUCAAUGACAGAAUCAACCCAUCACAAUGUACCAUACGUACUAUGGUUCAAUUCAUUCAUUCAUAGUAGAAAUAACUUGAACUGCACAAAGAGGUAAAAAGGUAGAUGUGUUUAUUUGUUGAUAUGAAGUGAUCCCAGUCUAUUAUAACGGUAUUGUCAUUAAUUAGUGUAUUGAUUUUUUACAUUUUUUUAUGAUGAUUCAUUUACAAUUGUCGACAUUUUUGACAUUUCAGAAAUUACCUUUAAAACCGACAAAGCAAGGUCCUGACACGUCCUGUUUGGAUCUGACCAAACAAAUGAUGAAAUCCGAGAAGAUGGAACCAGCGAAUGAUUUUUAUUUUUUGCUGUAUAAAUGACUCAAACAAUUGAAUUGAUCCAAAGUCUUGGCAAUUAAUUAACAGUUGAUUGAUUUUUCACUAAAAUAGAUGUAAACAUGUCACACCUGGAUGUGCAGCAAUGAUUUAAAGAGAUGAAUGAGCUUGAACAUAUUUGUUUUUCUUGCUGAUUUUCUGAACCUGUAAAAUAGAAACGCUAUCUAGUUUUUUACCCCAGAACAUUUAAACUACUUUAAAGGAAUGUUAAAUGUUUGUAUCUUUAUGAAUAAAGCUUGAACCAGCA